UUUCCCCCCUUCCCGCCUGCUCCCGCCUGCUCCCCGGCCAGCCCCCGCCGCCUCCCACCCUUCCCCGCAGGCGGCGGCGGCGGCCCCGGCCCCGGCCCCGGCCGUGCGCAGGAACGCUAUAUUGAAGAAUGUCGGGAAGUUUCUACUUUGUGAUAGUCGGUCAUCAUGAUAAUCCCAUAUUUGAAAUGGAAUUUCUGCCUCCUGGGAAAGUGGAGUCCAAGGAUGAUCAUCGCCAUCUCAACCAGUUCAUUGCCCAUGCUGCUCUUGACCUGGUGGAUGAGAACAUGUGGCUUUCUAACAACAUGUAUCUGAAGACUGUGGACAAGUUCAACGAGUGGUUUGUUUCUGCUUUUGUCACAGCUGGACAUAUGAGAUUUAUAAUGCUUCAUGAUGUAAGGCAAGAAGACGGAAUUAAGAACUUCUUUAAUGAUGUAUAUGACUUGUAUAUAAAGUUUGCAAUGAAUCCAUUUUAUGAACUCAAUUCUCCUAUUCGAUCCAGUGCCUUUGAAAGGAAAGUACAAUUCCUUGGGAAGAAACACCUUUUAAGCUGAAUAACUGAAUUUCCUGAGUGAGUGCUUUUUCCAUACUUCACUGAUCAUUUGAAUUGUAGUUCUUCCGGUUAGUUCUCAGCAUGUUUGAUAUUCAUCUUUCUGAAGAUUGACAAAUUGGAUGCUGAAGAAGGUUUUGUGGUUGUUUUUUGGUUUGGUUGUUUUUUUUUUUUUCCUGGUAGGGAUAAGAACAGCCAAGCUUCUCUGGUUAAAACGCAUACCUUAAGAAGUUUCCUUUUAUGUAUUCUGAAAACUGAGUUUAAAAAUGUCAGGUCUGAACAGGCACAAACUGAGACAUGAGGGUGUCAAUGCAUAUGCAAAAUGUAACCCUCUUAUACAGGGUGUGAUGAAAUCAGGUUGAAACACAAAAGAUGUGCAGUCAUGGGAUUUAAUAUGAGCAAAAGGGAAUUCUUGACUAUUUGGCCUAAAAGUGGUUCAUUUUGUUAUAAACCUUUCUACUUACAGUCCUUGGCUAGAGAACUUACUCUGCAGACUAACAAGACUAACUUUGCUCUUCAUGGUAUUAAAUCAGGUCUAUAUUAAUAUUGUAAUUCAUAAUGUAUGUAUUAUAAAGUGCUAAAUAAAAAGAAAAGAGGAUGUAUCAGUGAAGUUUUGUCUUCAGUAUUUCAGGAAGUUUUGAGAAAAAAACUUAACAUUUUAAAGCUUAAAAUUGCAAAUUUACCAGAUGUUUAAUGCAAUACAUGUUUAGUUGCAGUGUUGCAUCAAUGAAAUUAAUUAAUAAAGUAGACCAGAACAGCUAUGUCUGUCCCGACUUUAAUUAACACAUGGAAAAAACUAAACUAAAUUUACAUAUUUAAACCCACUUCUUUCCAUUACCUCUGCAAGUGCUGAAAUUGUCUUUUUGAAAAUAUAUUUAGAUUAGGACCUUUAAACCAUGACACUCUAUUUAUUGAGGUUUCAGAAAGGCAGCAUUUGGCCUGUCCGGCUACUAUUCUGUUGUAAAAUGCAGUUAGGGACCCUUUUGCAAAACUUACCAUCAUUCCAGAACAGUAAUUUUUAAAUGGGUCAUUCAGUGUAUAUGUACCUAAUAUUUCGGUUGGUUUCACAGUCUUUUAAGUAGUCCGUUUCCUUUUGCAGCAAAUCUGGAUAAGCUAUCUUCUGGGACAUUAUUUUUAAAUGUCUGAAAAGUAAUUUCCAGAGGAAGUGGCAUUCUGUUCUAGGAAGUGCAUUUUGCAUAGUCUGUGUAAUUAAAGGGACCACACGUGUAUGUGCUUUAAAUGUAUAAUCAGUCGUUAUUUCUUUGUAAUUUACACUUACUGCUAAACUGUCACAGUAAAAUAUUCCAUGACAAAGAAGAAUGCAAUAUGAAGGUUGCAAUAUUUACCUUAAAUAAAAUGUGGACUGAUGCAGCA